UCUUGAUCUCAACAUCACCGCUCUUCAUCUCUUUUCCCUGCACACGCCUCGUGUCACAUCAAUCACAUCGACCGAGUCGCAUCUCUUCGACUGUUCAUACAGUCUACCAAUUUCCCUGAAGCCUUGUGACCAUUAGUUGUCGUGCUCAGUCAAUUCCUCCCUCACCCUUCUGCUAUAAGACCUACCAUUCCCGCAACACUCUUUCACGAUGGCCGAAGUCGAGUUACCCCAGCCUGUCCCUGGACCAGUCUCCAACGAAAACGCCGCACCUGCAUCUUCGGACGAGAUCAAGACAGUAUUCCACGACGUAAACAAUUUUAACGUCAAGCAUCCUUUGUUGAACACCUGGAGUUUAUGGUUCACAAAGCCCCCCUCUUCGAAGGGCGACAAUUGGAACGACCUCCUCAAAGAAGUUAUUUCCUUCGACUCGGUGGAGGAGUUUUGGGGUGUCUACAAUAACAUCACCGCGUGCUCUGACCUAGGCCUCAAGUCGGAUUAUCAUCUCUUCAAGAAGGGGGUCCGACCUGAGUGGGAAGACCCUCAGAACAAGCACGGUGGCAAAUGGUCGUAUCAAUACAAGGAUAAGAAGCUGAUCAACAUUGAUGAACUCUGGCUUCAUACCCAGCUGGCGGCUAUCGGCGAGACCUUGGAAGAUGAGGGUGAUAAUGAAAUCAUGGGAGUUGUCGUCAACGUCAGGAAAGGGUUCUAUCGUAUUGGGCUUUGGACUCGUACGACAGGCAAAGCUAGUGGUCGAGACACCCUGUUGAAGAUUGGACAGAGAUUCAAAGAGAUCUUGCAACUUCCAGCCAGCGAACAACUCGAAUUCAGCGGUCACACUGACGCAGCUCACGCCGGCAGCACUCGGGCAAAGGCCAAGUACACAGUCUAGCAUGGGACCAACUGUAUCUCAUCAAAGGGCACAUUCGGUUAUGGCGGUAUCAAUAUGGGUGAAAGUUACCAUGGCAUUGUGCUGGGCACAAUAUCUCUCGCGGCGUUAUCUCAGGGGCAUCGACACAGUUUCCGCUGGGAAUACGAUACCCGGAAGUUUUGAUGAUUCUGCAUAGCGAUAGGUCGGGUACAAGUCAGCCAAAAUAUGAGUUUGUGAUCUCUAUUGACUCGUCCUGCGGUCCGUACUUGAGGAAGGUCGCCGGGCAGUGUGACCACUUUGCCGCGUCGUUGAAGGACGUCAAACUUGAUAUGACAAAUGACAGAUGGCUGUGCACAUGCUUUUUCUGAGAUAUCGUGUCCCCCAUCAGGCUCUUGAGCCGCAUCAGGCGAGAUAUGAGGUUGAGACACGAGAGGCUUUUCCGAGGAUCAGCAUUGUCAGCAUUGCCAUGUCCUUACAUUCCGCUAGAAGGGGGCUUUCCCAGCGCAGUAGCGUGGGCUGUCCCGAAUCGGGUCCAUUCCAAGACCGCUUAUACCUUGCUAUCCUACGCGUUUGUGG